GUGACAACAUCACUGCCGAAAUGGCAACCGCCUACAACAAAAUGUGGCUCAUGCUUUUUAAUCUACAAGGUUGGCUGCAAGGCACCCGAGAGACAAGGAUGCCCACCAAUUCACCCUUGUUGGCUCAAGAUAUGGUUUGCACUCACCAUGAACUGACAUGCUCCCGUUUACAAGGAGUUCUCCUCAGCUGGCUGAAUAGCUGACGCAUCGAGAUAAUUAAAAGUAUGGCUAUUACGCACAAAAAGACUCCAUAAUCCGCUCGAGACUCAAAGUCUUUCUUGUAAUAGCCAUAAAUCCUUGCUCUUCAAAUGCAGGUCGGACACUUGUCAGAUCAGAUCAUUUGGAGCUACCCGGGACGUUGAGCAAGUGAAAUCACACCGUCUACAAUUCAAGUCAAAAUCUAUCAGAAUCGUUCAUCUCUAGAUGAUAGUUCUCUUGCUCAAUCUGUCCAUGUUUUCUGUUACACCUUAGAAUAGUGAGAGAAACACUUGGUGAUUUCAUGUAUAGGAAUGUUGAAUGCUGAGGUCAAGUGACAAGCCAAUAAAAACAGCCAGUAGUAGCUAGCGAUUCACCCUUGGCGUCUAAACGAGCCGUUUCUACCAUCUAUGACUACUCACUCAUGGUACGACUAUUAAUUGUCCCAAAAAAUAGCGAUCAACGCUCAGAAAUCCAUACCCAAGCGCCUUCUCAUCUACACAUCCCUCAUCAUGGAGGAAACGCCAAUGGGCGAGUCCAUCAAGAUAUCUUGUGAACGAUGUCGUCGCCGCAAGAUAAAAUGUGAUCGAAAACGGCCGUGCUCGCGGUGUAUCAAGGCUGGCACGGAAUGUAUACUCAGCGGUAGCGGAGAGAAGCAACGGCCAAUAUCUAAAGGCUAUGUUCAAGCUCUAGAGGGUCAAGUGGCAUCUCUUGAGCUACUGCUUCGCAAGCUCGCCGUUGCCGACAGCGCUGAGAGAGAUGAGAUGCUGUCCGAGAUAGCCCUCUCACCACCAGCCUCACUCGACAUUACACAAAAGUCGCAGAUUGAACAUGCCAAGUCAAAUACUGACCCCAAAGUUGUAGCUGCUCAGGUCCGUUCUGGACAGUUGAGACGCCCUCGAUCGAGCCAUGCCACUCAGUUCUUUGGCGGCACCAGCGCUUUUCACAUCCAUCUCUCACAAGAGGUCUCAUUAUCCCCAGAUGAGAUAACUACUCACCUCGAAUCUAACUCCACACCGCUCAUGAUGAACAUACCGGAAGUGAGCGCUUCCAGCAGCCCGAGAGACCCGAGCUUUGUGUACGCACCUCACGAUGAGACCUCCCAGACGUGCAUGGCAGCCUAUUUUAAGUAUCAAUAUCAGUUCCAUAUGCUCAUCUACAGAGAGUACUUCUUACGAGACUAUGAUGUUGGCUCGGGCAGAUACUACUCAGAUGCUCUGCUCUUUGCUAUCUGCUCGCUUGGCGCCAUGCAGCUCGACGAUUCUCGCUCGGUAUCCGAUAUCUUUGCCCACCAGGCUCAGCAACUGAUAUACGCAGCUCUCGACAGCCCAGAACUUACCACCUUGCAAGCUUUGGCCUUAUUGGGUUAUCGUGAAAUUGGUGUAGGUCAUACAUCAAAAGGCUGGCUCUUUGCUGGUAUGGCCUUCCGACUUGCCCACGAGAUGGGCCUUCACCUUGACCCAAACAACUGGGACGCUUCGACAGAAGGAGCAUCAAACCGUGACACGGAGAUUCUUAGACGGGUCUACUGGGCUAUAUUCAUUGCCGAUAAGCAACUGAGUUUAUACUUUGGCAGACCACCAGCUCUGCACCCUAGCGAAUCAGACGUCCGCAACACUAUCAGAUUGCAGUACCCUCCAGACUGGGAGGGUUUGCUGGACACGUACAUCUGUAAAGGUGCUUCAGCAACAGAAUUCGAAGACGGAGUUGCCCUUGUUGGGUCCUUCAUCUACCAAGCAGAGCUGUGCAAGAUCGCCCAUCUCAUGAUCACGGAUCUCUUUGAGAAUCGUCGAGGUAACGUCGACGCCACCGUAGCUGCAGCCAGGUCACGACAAAUACACGUGUCGCUCACAAAGUGGCUAUCGAGUCUUCCCGGUACUCUGCACUGGAACCAAUGGACUGUAGGCGUCGUGCAACCCUCUGUGCUUCGUAUGCAGUGAGUUGCCCUCCAAGCCGCGUCAUCUUUGUAUACUGACAUGUCACAGCAUGCUGUUCCAUACAAUCAUGAUUAUUCUUCAUCGGCCGCCUUCGCAUAUGUACGAGAAACAAGGUAUUGCCGAAAGUGAAGACGUGGAGAUCUGCUACGAGUCGUUGCAGGCUAUUCUGCGCCUGAUGAGAACAUAUUCACGACACUAUCGAUUCCGCUCAUUGCCACUGGACUUUGUUCAGACUCUAUCCACGGCAGCUGGCACCAUCAUGAUGAAGAGGUUCUUUCAGGGAGCCUCGUGGGAAGACUCAGACAUUGCACGAUCACUUUCGACUGUCAUUGACGCAAUGGAGGAAGUACAGCACACCUGGCCAUGCAUGGGUGAGAUCAAAGAUUAUGUCGUAAGGGCACGCAAUGCACAGGUUGUGAUGCCCCCGGAAGAUCCUCUCAUUGGGCCAGAUCUCAUGAACGGCCUAGAGCUGGGUCACAACGUUACAGCUGAGCUCAUGGCUCAAUGGGGCGAGGAGUUAGGUACACUUGUGACGGACGAGUUUUUGAGUAUGCAGCUUCAAGGUUCAGAACAAGGCGUGAUGGCGCCGUUUGACUUCAACCAACCGCCCCUAGGGCCACAAUAGGGAUGAGUUGUAAAUAUUUAGAGGUAGAGCAAGAUGUAACAGCUGCAAAGCCAGUAUUGUAUAUGAAAUUCUUCAACAGUAACGCCCAGUCCUUUCCCUUAUUUCCAAUCAAUUUCAUCUUAACUGUACAAAGAUUUAGGUAAAACUUAUGAAUAUAUUAGAAUAGAGGCAUAAGUUUAGGCUUGUCUUGUGCAACAGCUUGUUUGAUGAGGUGCCCCGAUCGGUCCAUUUGAAGAUUUUCAUCACGGAUAUUCUGGAUGCAUUGAAGGAACCUUUAAGGGUAGUGGAAGACUGCGGGGAGGCUUAGAAUCGACUUGGGUCUUGCGACCGUUGAUGCUCCAAAGAUCGUGUCGAGUAGAGCUUUUCGUCGACCACUAGGAAUAUCCACG